AUGUUCAAUACAUCAGCAGGUAUUGCCUUUGCUUACAAUAUGAAUCAUCCUGAUCCUGGAAUGUUGCAGUUAAUGAUACAACAUUUUUCUUGGUUACAUAUUCACGGUAUGUUAAUCAAAAAUAAAUUUUGUUAUUCAAAAAGUUGA